AUGGAGGAAAAGAGGAAGUUGAAAUCAUUUAAAUUGGGGGACCGAGGGGCAAAGUUGGAGUGGCUAGAGUAUGGUGAGCUUAAAUUUGGUCGCAACCUAUUCAGAAAGGAGCGGGAGGAGGCUUGCCUAAUCACAAACUCUGCAGAGGUACAAGAAAUAGGGGAGUUGCAGAAAGGUGCCAGUGUUUUUGCUUCUCAGCUUAAGUUUUGGAUCAUUCAUGGGUCAGCUUAUGUUCAUUUUUCAGUGAAGGCUUUUUUUUCUCAAUCUAGGGAUGCUUAUUCAAAGUAUUCAGUAGAUGGCUCUCUCCUGGGGCUCAGAACUUUGUUAGAGCAAGGUCACAAGCUAGGAUGGGAAAGAGUGAUGCUGAGGGUUAAAGACAAAGAUAUCUUACAGAUGCUCUCUUGUCAAGCCUUAUGCAAUGUGGAAUUUGAUGUCCUUGUUGAUGUAAUUUGUUCUCUGGUGCCUAAUGUGAAGGUUACCUUGUACCCCUACUUUGCUUUGCUUAGCGGAGAGUAUUGCGGCCACUUGGCUGCCGUGAUGUACAUUUCAAAGGCUAUCAACCAGGCUGAGCCUGAGCCAGAGGGGAUUUCUGAAACUGCGCAACCUGGCACGCAAAUAAUCAUCCCAAGUUCGGAUGAAGCCGAGGUGAACAAAGAGGCCGACGAAGAGAAGCGAACUCCGCCAAGAAGAAGGUUGAGGAAAAAAUACGCCGAGGACGCUCCUGUCGGUCGCGCAGUUGCCAAGGAAGCUACCGCAUUGGAGAAAAUUAGAGAGGCGAUGAUUGAGCAGCUGGACAAGGAGCCCGCGACAUGGCGACCAGCCACUCGUGAGAGACCCUCACGUCGCAACCUUGCGAUGCCCAGCUCGCGCGCACGCGAGACAGACUGCACCAGCGAACGCGUCCGUGCCUCCCUUCUGCGCCAGGACGCUCGCGACCCGAAGGCGAGCUCGCGAUGCAGUGAAGCAGCAUCUGCAAGCGACAGCCCGUCCGCGACCCUGCAAACCCGCGCCCGUGGGAUGCCCUACACCAGCGAGAUGCACCCAGGCUACCCUGCGAGUUAG